AUGGGGAAGGACAGAAAGGGAGUGCCGCGAGGCGCCUGUUCGCAUGCGUCGUGCGAAUGCGACGACUACGAGCUGCCCUCAGAGGGCCACCCCUGCGCCUACUGUGGCCACUACCCGGCUGAGCACAAGUCGGCCGGCGCUACACGACAGGCGAGUCCUCCGCCAGCAGCGUCCGAGGUGCGUACUACGCGAUCUCCCUCGCCCUCCACCACCUCGUCGUCAUCGUCGUCGUCGGUGGCGUCGGACCCCUUCUUCACCUUCGCCUCGCCCAAGCAGUCGUCGCCCAGCAGCACCCCCUCUGCUGCCCCGUCAUCGUCGCCCGCGCCCACCUUCUCCUCCUACUCGGCCUCCACCACCUCCUUCGCCCGGCCCACAGCCGGCCCAAUUCCUACGGCGAGCUCCACCACCAGCUCUUCUCAUCAUCACCAGCAGCACGGGCAGGCCCCACCAGCAGCAGCGCCGCGAGGUGGUGGCGGCGGCGGUUACCAGCAUCGGCCGGAGCACCACACGGCCGAGGUGCAGACGGCGUUCUCGGCGUCGAGCAAGCGCGGCAAGCCCAAGGAGAGCCUUCCCAUGCAGCUGUGGAACAAUCCGCAGGAGGUGGUCAAGGACGUCAAGAUCAAGGUCAAGCAAAAGACCAAGAAGCACCAGGCCUGA